AUGGCUCUGACCAGCUCUUCAUCCAGCCGUUCCUCCUCUUCCUCGUACCACUCGUCAGCCCGCUACAGCAGUUCCAGCACCUACUGGUCAGAGGGAUCUGGUGGUGGGGCUGCGGACCCCCUGUUUGAUCCCUUCCUGGAGGCAGCAGGGGUGGGACCCCCAAAGCCUGUUUGGAGAGGAGGGGGAUGUAGCCCCCCUGUCUGGCCCCCUUCAGCCGACACCACAAGGACUCCUACGGGUUACCCAGCGAUAGACUUCCUCAGGCCCAACAAGUGGCACUGUGCCAGGUCGUUCUGCCAGUAUGGGCGUGGUCAGAUUGUUGGGGGUAGUUACUACAUGUCAGCUGACGUCAGUCAGUUUCAACCACAGGACAUAGUGGUGAUGGCCUACAACCACAACAUAGUCAUCCAUGCUGAAAAGGUGUUGGAGAAUGGGAGAGUCAGUGAUACGUUUACCCAUAAGACCAUGCUCCCGACGGACAUGGACCCCCUGUCGAUAAGUGGCACGCUGACCCCUGAGGGCAUGCUGGUGGUCAGUGUCAGGAGGAAGCCCACUAUGGGGGUGCUGGAGCCCCCUGCACCCCCCGCAUAG